AUGCGGGCGAAAGAUUUCCCGUUCGUCGACGACGCCCUGACGUCGCGCGCGGCGACGCUUCGCGAUUUUCUGACGUCGGACGCGCCGAGAGGCGACGCGCGCGCGAGGCUUCGCGAGGAGUUGGUGCGCUGGCACCCCGACAAGUUUUCAAAGUAUCUCGACCUCGCGCGCGAGGAGGAUUUGGGCGAGAUCAGGGACCGCGUGAACGCGACCAGUCGCGCGGUUCGCGACGCGUUCAAGGCGUCGGCCGCGGCGGCCGCGGCGCGCCCGCGCUGA